ACAAGUACAACUAGUACUAUUUCGCAUUGUAUGAAGCAACUAAGGUGUAACUUAGAGUUACCAGCCUGCACGAGCAAUCUGUCACCGCAUCGAUGCCACGCCGCCUUCCCUCACCGCCAUGGAUGCGUCGCGCCACGCGCGAGUGCGCCUAGCGCCGCCGGACAGAUCGCAGCGAGGCGAUGGCGGCGGGGCGAGUGGUAAGGGCCGCGAGCGGGAGAGGGAGCGGGAGUCGCGCGAGCGGGAGGCGCGGCGGCGGCAGCUGCAGCGGUCGCUGGACGAGGCGCAGAAGCCGUUCGCGGCCGCCCUCGCCGUCGCCUGGAAAGGAGCAUCACCGCCAACCCCUGCAUCCUCGCGUCCUGCUACAAUUGCCAGCGGUGCUGCUGCCACGUGGCAGGCAGCUGGCCCAUGGCAGGACACGUGGCAGUGGCAGUGGGCUUCCUGCGACACCGCCCUGCACAGUCAGCUGCUGCGUGGCUUGCAACGUUUGCUUGAUUUCGUUGCGGCCAAUGAAAUGCCUCUGUGGAGUGACGUGGUGUGCCGGCGAGCAGUGAAGGCGCUCUACGACUCGGCGUGCGCCGCGCUGCUCUACCUGCUCGCCUGCGUUGCCCCGCCCGUUCUGCCCUCCAUGCGCCAUCAGGCGGUGCGCGCGUGCGCCCACAUGUGCGUGGCGGGGGGCAGGUGGUGGCGCGACACAGCCACAGUCGCCGUGCUGCUCGCGCUGAUGGGCCACGUCGAUGCAGCGUCGGACGAGGUGGUGUUGGACGCAUGCACUGCCAUCUCUGCCUCCCUCCUCAUCCUCCCCCCUCAACCGCUCCUUCGCCCACUCACCCACGCCCCCAUACCCGCCCUCCCCUCCUCCGUCCUCGCUCUCUCCCCCACCACGCUCCCCCUCCCUUCCCCUCCUCCCCCUCCCCUCUCCCUGCCUCUCGCGUCCGCCUGCAUCACCCCUGCCCUCCUGGCGUCGCUGUGGCGCCUCUAUCUGUCGCCCGCCACGCCUGUGCCUGGCAGCGCGUGCAGGGAUGGGGGGGAGGGCCGGAAGGCAGGGCCGCUAGGAGGGGGGGUGGUGGGGUGUGCAGCGGAGUGGCUGUGGGGGCCAGCAGAAAGGGGGGAAGGGAGGGGGGUGAUGGGGGGAGGGGGAGUGCGCAUGAGAGGGAGGGAUGGUGGUGGUGGCGGCACAGGGAAGGACUCUAGUGCCAACUGCUACCAUCAUGCUCACAGCGCCACUGCUUCUGCGCCUCUUCCUGCUGCUGCGGCUUCUCACACGGCUGCCCCACCUGCUGCAGGGAGGGAGGACACGGGGCAGGGUGAGUCGAGAGCGCAAUGCAUCACGGGCAAAAGCAGAGCCUUGGAUUGCAACAGAGAAAACGCCACUACCACCAGCAGCAGCAGCAGCAGCAGCAGCAGCAGCAGCAGCAGCAGCCCUAGCUGCGAGCAGAGAGUGCCCUGGGAGGCGCGGAGGCCAGCAGCGGUGGCGGCAGUGCUGCACGUGCUGCAGCUUCUCGCGCACCGCUGGCCGCCCGCCCUCACCGAGAUCACGAGAGAGCUCCUCCCGCUGCAGUGGCGGCCCUCGGGUUGCAGUCAAGAGAGUGCGAGGGGUGAGGGAGGAGCGACAGGAGGGCACACGGUGGAGAGGGCGUGGCGCAUGGCACAGGUGGUGGGCAUGGCACUGCCGAGUGGCGGCCAUGCGGAUGGUACUGCUGGCGGUGCGGUGGCGGAAGCGGCGUUGAGCCUUGUGAGCGUCAUGGCGCAGCACCCCUCGGCGUGCCACAUGCUGCUACAGCCCCCACUUCAACUCCUCCCAGCUCUCGCCCGCCAUCUCACGCCCUCCGCCUCUUCCCGCUCCUCCUCAUUCUCCUCCCCCUCCCUCACCUGCCUCGUCGCCUGUCGCGCGUGCCGCCAAGCCGCACUCGCCCUCGUGCGAGCACUUGCUAGCCACCCGUCCUUCGCUGCUGCCUGCCGUCUUGCAUCUCCCUCCCCCACUGCUGCUGCCAUCGCCUCUACUGCGCCGCCCCUCACACCCCUCCUCGCCUUCUCCCUGCGAGCAGCCCUCGCACCCCCCCCCCUCCCCCCCUGCCACUGCUCUCACCCUCCCUCACUCCGCCUCAUCUCAUCCGCCUCCUUCCCCGCCAGCUCAGCGCCCGAUGACUCAGCAUCCAGCCAUGUGGCAGCAGCUGGCUGGCAGACUGCAGCAAGUCUCUUGCGCUGGCCAGGCACCCAUCAUGACCCAGCCGUGCUGUGGGCGGCAGGUUUGUCUGCAUCUGCGUUGAUGCGUGCCCUGCUGGGCGGUGGGGUGGAUGGAGAGUCAGAAUGCGGAGAGGCUAGCAGUGAGCGGGGGGUGGGCGGUGGGGUGGGUGAUGUGACGAUGACUGGGAUGAACGAGGUGGCAGCCCAUGUGGCCACCUCAGAAGCCGUGAUGGCUGCAGCAUGGGAGGCAGUCAGAUGGAUGGCAGCAUUCUGCCACGUGGCAGUGUGUGACUCUGAGGGUGGUGUGACGCUAGUGAAGGCGAAGGAGGCGGGAAGCAGAGGGCGUGUGAGGGUAGGCGAGAGCGGUGAGAGCAGGGGCGUGGCAGGCGGGAGGAACGGCGGGGCCGGAGGAGGUGGGGAGGGGCAGGGGGGCGUGGAGGGGCAUGCAGGCAUGGAGGCUGUGGCAGCGCUGGCAUGCUCUCGCCUUCUCUCGCUUGUCGCUCCCACCACCAUCCAACCCUCUCCUCUAUCUGCCGCGCCCGCUGCCUCGCCAUCUCCCUCCCCCCACCCUCCACUGCCACCUGCCACGGCCCAUGCCUUGCUCUCCGCCCUCCUCGCUCUCCUCUCCUCUCCCUGCCCCGCCCUCGCCUCUCGCUCGCGCGCUGCUCUCUCCCAUGCGCUCACAGCUGCACCCGUCCGUCCGCGUGCUUGCCCACCGGCGCCAGCAGCAGCUGACCCGCAUGCGCCUCACUUCCCCGCAGCGCCAGCGAGCACUGCAACGCCCAGUGGGGGGCAGAGCGAUGGCUGGGGAGUGGGUGAGGGAGGGAGUGGGGACAGCAGCAGCGGCGCCCAUACCUGCACCCCCCCGUUCCCAGCAGUAGACGGGACCCGCCCAUCCUCCCCUCGCCGCUUGCCUUCCAUCACCGCCCUGGCGUCCUCUGCCCUGCGCCAGGCGUCCCUGGCGUGCCGCCUGUGCUCGCGCGGGCACACGGACCGCGCCGCCGCACUGCUGCAUGGGGCCAACACGCCCAGGGUCGAGGUGGAAGCUUCCUCAAAGCUGCUCAUGGUGGCGGCUCUGGCGUUUGACUGGCGAUGCGAGGAGGCGUUGCGGGCGGAGGGGGGCGUGCAGGCAGUGGGGGCGGUGGUGGUGGCGCGGGUGGGGAUGUGGAUGGAGGAGAGGGACGAUGCGAGGGGCAGCGGUGAGGAUGGGAGGAAGGGCGAGGGGCGAGCAGGGUCAAACGAGGGCGAGGGGUUGCCAGAUGGUGGGCGGAUUGGCGGAGGAGAGGAGGGUGGGGAGGAGGAUGAGUGGGGAUGGGUUGAGAGGAGUGACGCGUGGUGGGAGGAGGGGGAGAUGGAGGGGGAGGAGGAUGAGGUGAUGGGGAUAACGGGGGGUGAGGUAAGCUGUGAGGCAGGUAGUGAGGUAGGUGAUGAGAUGGGCGGUGACAUCAUGCGGCUGCUGCACGCCCAUGAAGGGCCUGCAAUGCCCCAUGCUCCAUACAGUGCUGACGUCACAGCAUGGCAGGGUGAUGACGUCAUCCUGUUCUCUGCCCUGACAGCCCUCCUGGCCCUCCUGCUCCCCCCAUCCGCCGUACCGCACCGCCCCACGUCGCCACCCUCCACCUUGUCCGCGCUGCCAUCUCUCCCACCCACGUCACCCGACCUCCCAUCAGCCCCUCAACCCGCGCUCCCCCACGCCCUCCUCCCCUCGCUCGCUCGCCUCCUCCAUCCCGCAUCCCCUGCCGGGCUCCGCUGUCUCGCGGCCCGCUGCCUCUCGCUCUGCCGCUCCGUGCCCCUCUCACUCCUGCACUCCCCUGCCCAGCCUGCUGCCUCUGCACGGCCGUGCGACGGCUUGACCGCCACAGUCGGUGUGCCCUCGCCUGUUGCUCGCCACAUCCGCUCUGCUCUCUGCUCCUCCGCCUGUCCCUCGUCAUCCUCCCCUCCUGCCACCAUGCACACGCCCUUCACCCCGCGCACGCCCUGCCCUGCGGACGCCAGGGCGCACGUGGCCUUCAUCCUCUCCCACCCCUCGUCCUCCCCGCCCUCCUCUGCCGCCUCCCCUCAGCGAGUCGUGGCCCACGGGGCAAUCAUCGCUGCGCGCUGCCCCGCCCUCCUCGCGCCCCUCAAGGUCCCCUCCGCGUCUGCCCGCCCCACUCCCCCGCGCCCCCUUCCCAGCAGCCCCUCUCCUCCCGUUCCAGCAAAGGGUGAGGAGGCAAGUGGGCACGGAAUGGCAGGGGAAGGAGGAGAACGGCCGGAGGGAGCGAGGGGGGUUGUGAGGGAGGUGCGACUGGGGAAGGGUGUGACUGCUGAGGCGUUCAGUCAGUUGCUGGAGUAUAUCUACACAGGACAGGUGUCGCUCACUCAUUCGCCAUCACAGGAACUGCUGCAACUGGCAAUAAAGUGCCGAUUGGAUGGGCUUGUUGCGCUGCUUCGCUGUGAUUGGCCGAUUUGGGGCAGGAAUGACGUUAGUGGGUGUGAUCUGACGUCAGCACUUGGUCCCGCUGGAGUGCCUUGGAGCGACGUUGUCCUCUGCGUGCCGUGCCACCGCCAUGCCCGGCGCUGCCACUCUCGUGAGCACCCUGCCAGCCGUGACAGCAGAGGGGAAGGAGCGCAUGGGGCAUGCGGCGGGCCAGGCACAGGAGAUGAGGCAGAGGGGCGGCACGGCGGCAUGUGGCGGUGUGUGCGCGUGGCGGCGCACCGCUGUGUGCUGGGCGCCAGGAGCCAGUACCUUGGGGCCAUUUUCCGCAGCGGCAUGCGCGAGAGCUGGCAGCAGGAGCUCCACCUGCCGCCCCUGCCCCUGCCGGCUCUCAUCGCCCUCCUCCGCUUCCUCUACUCCAGCCACAUCUCCUUCCGCCCCCUCCCCCUCCCCCCUGCUGCCGCGCCAAUGCCCUGCAACCCCGUGCAGCCAAGCACAGCUGGUGCUGCGAGCAGCUCAGCUGCUCGUUGCAGCCCGCCCAUCCCCCUCUCCUCCCUGCGCUUGCCCCCUCUCCCCCUCAUCUCUCGCCUCAUCUCAGCCGUCCAUCUCGCCUCCCUCGCUGACCAAUGGAUGCUGCCCGCUCUACACACUGCCACCCUGUGCUGCGUGGCAACACGGCUUCGCGCCAUGUGUCACGACACAGCCAUCAGCGGUCACAGGGUCAGCAGCAGCAUGCACUACAGGGCUGGCAGCAGCAAUGGCAGCAGCGGCUGCACCACUACAUGGAGGCAGGCGCCCUGGGAAGCAGGGGAGGCGGUGGUGCAGGCGGCAUGGGCGGUGGGGCAGUGGGAGGUGGUGGGCGAGGCAGUGCGGUGCAUGGCCCGCUGGUACCCCGCCAUGCGCGACAACGGUGGGCUGGACGUGCUGCCGGACGAGGUGCAGGUGGCGCUGAGGGAGGCGUACGUGCAGAUGAGAGUGAAUCCAUAGAGGUGGAGAUGCCUAGGAGUUGAUUGGUAACACAGCGGGGAGGGAGGACCUCAUGGUAGAUUCACCAGGAGUCAAGGACAAGGUAUUCCUUUUGUCAGGAGCAUGGGCAGGAAGAGUUAGAUUGUUGCUGGAGUUUGGGCUUCCUGCCCUACCAGGAAGGGGUGGCGAUGAUGGUGCCACCACACGGCAUGCUGCAGACUGAUCAUCGACAAUUUCAAUGUCACCUCACCAGCUUCUAAGAACCCAGGCCGAAUGUUCUUGUACAGAUGGAAG